UUUCACCUUACCAACGUUUAAAAUCAGGCAACAUCCGUUCAUAAGGCAGAAUCAGAAAAGUUAUAGAUCUAGAAUCUAGAACCAUCUCUAAUCUUUUAUCUACAUUAGACGGUAGCAGAUAAAUCUAGACCGUCAUGGUAUCGCCAUCAUAUAAACAAUGAGUUUUGAUUAGAAUUUAAAAAAAUGGGGAAGAAGAAAAAGAAGAAGAAGAAGAAGAAGGAUGAGGAGGGCAUGGACAAUGACAUUGAUACGGAUGACUUACCAGCGAUCCCACCCAUUCACAAUGUGCUCAUUGACCUUCGCACGCUUACAACCGAGGAAGAAGAAGUGCUCCAACAAGUGGUUGAAAAAGAUGAGCUGGAGACGAGGGCACUGGACAAGUCAGUGGGUGCUGUGAGAAAUGAGAUUGAAAUCAUUCGUUCCUGGGCUGGUAAAGCUAAAAAGAAUCCCAAUGCCAAAAAUCCCUACUACAUGGGCUACAUGUGUGUACGCUGUAGAAGACCUCUACAAAUUUGGAAGCGACCUAUACCAUUUGUAGAUAGCGGCAAGUUUUGUAUGCAUUGCAUGUAUCGUGUGUGCAAGUUUUGUCGAGUGGAGCAAAACAACGGAAAGUAUUUAUGCAAUCUCUGCGUACGGCUGAGGCAGGAAAAACAUUUGACCGGUGAUUGGUCAGACCAGGGAUGUGCUGGAUUACAUAGUACUGACUUACUCAAAAUUUCUCUUCAAUCCAGAGGCUUAUUUGGUCGACCUGAGAUGGAAGAGACUCAAGGCAUUCUGCCUAAAGUCAAGUCCAUCAUAAUGCCUUCUCCAGUUAAAAAAUCCAUGCCAGAGCUCAAAAGUGCUACUUCCAACAAGUCCUUGAAGAAGAAAAGCUCUCUGAAAGAGGAAGUAGAAGAGCCAGCUCCCGUGAAAUCCAAAUCUCAAUCUAAGGAGAAAAUUGAAAAGAAAGAAAAGAAAGAGCCUGAGACAAAAAGUAAGGGAGACAAGGAUCAAAAAGGAAAGAAGAAAGAGAAAGGCAAGAAGGACAAAGGUGGAAAGGAUAAAAAGAAGAAAGGUGGUAAAGACAAGAAGAAAGGCGGGAAGGAUAAAAAGAAAGGGGGUAAGGAUAAAAAAGGGGGUAAGGAUAAAAAGAAAGGAAAGGAUAAGAAAAAAGGCGGAAAGGAUAAGAAGAAAGGAGGAAAGGAUAAGAAAGGAGGUAAGGAUAAGAAAGGUAAAAGCAAAAAAGGAAAAGACAAAAAGAAAGGCAAAGACAAAGGAAAAGGUAAAAAAGACAAAAAGGGCAAGAAGAAAGACAAGAAAAACAAGUCGAAAAACGCUGAUAAGAACGUAUCCAAGGUCUCUACUAGCGACGAAAGUCUGCUCAUCAAGGGUAUAAUGGAGGAUGCCAGGAAAGAGCUGAGCAAAGUUCAGGUCAAGGACAUGGCAAGUGGGGACGCGGAACUGGAUAGAAACAAUUCUAUUCAGGUAUGUGAGGAAGAAGCUUUCACUGACAAGCUGAUAUCAGCCACCCAGCUUCACAAGUACAUGUUUUGCGAGCCAGACUCCUACAGGCAUGAAAGCUACAGAGGCGUGCCGGACAAACCCACCUCCCUCAAUACAUUGGAGAAAAGGCUAAACAGUUUGAACCAGCUUCAGAUGUCUCAGUACUGGUGUAGUGAGUUCAUUAACAACUUGCCAGAUCCCAGGCUUGCCGACAGACCUGAGGAUGAAAUUGAAGGCCUUAAGUUUUGUGAGGGAGACCAGGUUUGGAGAGAGAAGUUCAGGCAGGAGUUGCCUACUUAUACAGACCCCAAGUAUGAUAUGAUGGCGAACAUAAAUUUUGUCAAUGGCAUGAGCAAUAUACACAAGAUUGGUCAUGUGACAGAGAACUCUCUCUGUUAUCCAGAAAAACGUCGUGAAUACCCAGCCUUCCUGACACAAUACUCAAAAGAUGAUUGGCAAGGAAACAGUGACGUGAAUGUUCAACCAAUGAAAACGUCCAAGCUUCGAAAUCUCUUGUUUACCAGGAAGAAGAAAAAAUCGAAUCAAAAUGUUCAUGACGAAUCUCAGGAAAACACGAAACGAUGCUUUUCAGAUGGUGAAAACAAAAGGUCAAAAGUCAGACCUAAAUAUACCACUAUGCUCACAGAUAACAACAUUAUGCAGGACUUAAGUCAAGGAGAUGGAACAUCUAUCAGCCCCAGUAAACUGAGAAAAUUGCUCUCGAAAGCUGAGUUUCAAGCUUUUCAAAAGGCUUACUGUAGCGAAGGGAAGUUGAGCCAGACUGAACUCCAGAAACUUGACCUUGGAAAUAUCUACAAAUUAUUUCACGCCUGGAAGCAGAUGGAGGAGUCGAAAUACCACCGCCUGCAGUCACCCAGCACGCGCAGCCCAAGAAAGUCAUCACAUUCAAAUCUUUGCGAUAAAAGAAAGACUGGAUCCUUGGGAGAUUCUAAUCACCAUGAUAAACACGCCUGCAGCACAUCCAAGACAACAGUCGCAACCCAUGUCAGUAGUCUGACAGGACAUCUAGGAGAUCAUGUCACCUUCAGACAAAGCAGUGCCGAUCAGACAAACGAUAACAUGUCAUUCUCCAAUUUUAAGCCAAGAAGCGGUAAAGAGAAAUCUGGAGACAUUAACUACAGCUUUCAGCCUCGAAGUAAGGAUCAACCCCCAAAAGAUGAUCCCAAGGCCAAAGAAAAAGAAAAAGAAAAAGAGAAAGAGAAAGAAAAAGAAGCUGCAGCUGCCCCUGGUAAAGAAACUGAUAUAAAAAAGAGAAAGUCUGAAAUUGGUGAUGGAGGUCACCGCAAACAUCACCAUGGUCACCGGCGGCAUCAUGGUCCAGGUGCUAGAAAUUCCAAAAGCAAGACAAGGUCUUCACAGCAGGACAUGGAUUUCAGCUCAGUUCUGGAUGUUGUACGCAAGAAGGCGGAUGAGCUUUCACAGAGUCAGUAUCCUUCAUCUUCAAUUGGCUCAAUAGGGCCUAAUGACCCUUCCUAUCCCGCAUCUCCCGUUACAAAACCUUCAUCAAGGCAAACAUCUGUAGCCCAGCUGCCCAAGCCAGAUGAUACUUCAGCCCCCCCACAAGCAAUGCCCCGACAGACUGUAAUUCAACCUACCAUUACUGUGGAAACUGUACAGAAACCUCCAGUGGAGACGGCCAGCAAAGGUUCUCAAACUGAGACUAAAAAGAAAGGUUUUAAAUUUUACUUAUGUCCAUUUUGUAAACUGUCUGUUGAGUAUGGCUUGCCUUAUUAAAAUUGACUCAUCCCCAGUA